AUGAAUAAGUCUUAUCAUAAUUAAAUAAAUUAAAAAAAUUUUUAAAUACCAACAACUUAAACAUAAUUAAAAAAAAAAUUAAAAAAAAUCUUUAAAAUGCAAGUCAACUCCAAUAACGUUACCUACGAAAACGGCUUCAUCCAAGCUUCCUACUAAUACAAGUCCUCCAAUGUUGAAAAGCUUGAAAAUGGUACCUUGAAGGUUACUCCUAAGACCACUGAAUACACCUUCAAGACCAACACUAAGGUUCCUAAAUUAGGUAUCAUGCUCGUCGGUUGGGGUGGUAAUAACGGUACUACCUUCACUGCUGGUCUCCUUGCCAACAAGAUGAAGCUCUCCUGGUUCACAAAGAGAGGUGAAUAAACUGCCAACUACUACGGUUCUAUCACCUAAGCUUCUACCAUUAAGGUUGGUUGCUCUGGUUCUGAAGAAGUUUAUCUUCCCAUGAACUAAGUCCUCCCCCUUGUUAACCCUGAUGAUGUCGUCAUUGGUGGUUGGGAUAUCUCUGCCUUAAACUUAUCUCAAGCCAUGAAGAGAGCUUAAGUCUUAGAAUACAACCUCAUUGAAAAGUUAGACCCCUAUAUGAGAGAUAUGGUCCCCAAGAAGGCUAUCUACUAUGAAGAUUUCAUCGCUGCCAACCAAAAGACCAGAGCUGACAACAUCUUAGAAGGUCACAACAAGCUUGAACACUUGGAAACCAUCAGAAAGGACAUCCGUGAAUUCAAGGCUGCCAACAACUGCGAUAAGGUUAUUGUUCUUUGGACUGCUAACACUGAACGUUUCUGCUAACUCACUCCUGGUGUUCAUGACACUGCUGAAAAUGUCCUUAAGGCUAUUGAAAACUCUGAAGCUGAAAUCUCUGCUUCUACUGUUUAUGCCGUCGCCACCAUCUUAGAAGGAUGCAGCUAUAUUAAUGGUUCUCCUCAAAAUACUCUCGUUCCUGGUGUUAUUGAACUUGCCAAGCAAAAGGAUGUCUUCAUUGUUGGUGAUGACUUCAAGUCUGGUUAAACCAAGAUUAAGACCUCUUUGGUUGAUUUCCUCGUCAGUGCUGGUAUCAAGCCCCAAUCCAUCGUUUCCUACAAUCACUUGGGUAACAAUGAUGGUAAGAAUCUUUCUUCUGAAAAGUAAUUCAAGUCAAAGGAACUCUCCAAGAAAUCAUGCGUUGAUGAUAUCACCGGUUCCAACAAGAUCCUCUACCCUGAAACCAAUAAAAUCGAUCACGAAAUCGUCAUUAAGUAUGUUCCUUACACUGGUGACUCUAAGAAGGCUAUGGAUGAAUACCUCAGUGAAAUCUUCCUUGGUGGUCAACACACCCUCGUUCUUUACAACGUUUGUGAAGAUUCUCUCCUUGCUGCUCCCAUUAUUCUUGAUUUAAUCCUCAUCACUGAAUUAUUUGAAAGAAUCGAAUACAAGGUUGAUGGUAUGAGAACCUUCCAAAGAUUCAACAGAGUCUUAUCCACUUUAGGUUAUCUCUGCAAGGCUCCCUUGACUGAUGAAAACACUCCUCUUGUCAAUUCCCUUUACAGAUAAAAGAGUGCUCUUGAUAACAUCUUCAAGGCUUGUGCUGGUCUCCACGCUGAUGAUAACUUACUCCUCGAAUUCAAGUGCCCCGUCACUGAAGAGUGA